AUGUCGGUGCGAGGCUAUAACAAAAUAUCAAAAUCUGUUAGAACUGAUAUGUAUGAUAAAAAAACAGUAGUUCUAUUGACAGAUGUGAAGUUGGAGUAUUUCAAUGUCGGUGGAUCGUUGGAAGACCGUGCUGCAAUUCGCAUGAUUGAGGUAGCAGAGCAAAACGGUUUGACGAAGGAAAACAUCGUGCUGGCGCCAGCCAGUGGCAAUAUUGCUGUCGGUAUUGCCCUAGUUUGCGCUGUCAAGGGAUACAAAUGUGUUAUCGUUACUCCUGAUCGUUCACCAGGGGAUAUCUGCAACAUCCUUAAAGUGGUUCGUGUUAGUGGUAAUAAAAACGACGUUCCUAACUCAUGCUACGUAUACGCCAAAACGCUUGCUGAAAGCAUCAAGAAUUCCUACUUCCUCGAUGAGAGCGUUUCUGGAGCUAAUCCUCUUGCACAUUAUGAAACUACAGCGGCUGAAAUCUUCUGUGCACUUGAAAAGAAAUUGCAGAACUUUCGUGUGGCAGCGGAAUUGAAGUUGUUUGCUCAAAACAAGGAGUGGUUCAAACACAGUAUACUGCUUAAGGAAGCGUUCCUGAUGACACGUCGCUUAAUCAGAGAAGAAGGAUUAAUGGUUGGGCCAUCGUCUGGAGCUGCGAUUCUGGCCGCACUCAAACUCGGCGAGUCGUUACCUGGGGAAAGUAAUGUUGUUGUGAUUGGCGCUGAUGGCAUCAGAAACUAUAUGUAA